AUGAAAGCGACCGCGCGCUGGCCGCGCGUCGCGCGGGAAAACGCCAUCACGGCCCUGCGAUGCGCCGUCGCGAGUUGGUUCGCGCUCUGGUGGCUGAACGCCGGCAUCGGAGGGCGCCACAACGUCCCGGACAACCUACCGGUCGGCUUCCUCGCCGUGUCGAUCAUCGUUCUCAGCCGCGACGCGAACUCCCUCGGCGCAUGGUUGCUCCUCGGCGCCGUCAUGGGAAUCUCGCUGGGCAUCGCAACCCCCCUGUCCUACGGCGUCAUCAUCUUCCUGCGCGGGCAGGACCAGAUCUCCCGCAAGCACUUCGACGUGGCGCUGCCGUUGACCAUGUUCGUCUGCUCGUUCGCGCUCGGGCUCGUACCCGUGAUUCCGCGGGCCUUCGUCCCGAGCGCGGUGUUGGUCCUCUUCAUGGGCGCUUCGGGGGCGCGGCGCGGCGCCAACCAGUGCAUAAAUCAAAUUGUCGCGGCGCAUCUAAAACUCACUGGUUGAUUGCGCAGGAGCGGACCCGAUGUAUGCGUGGAAAGUCUUCGGAACGGCGUCUGUGGGAAUAGCUUUCGGUGUGGCGUCGAAGCUCGUGCCGUGGCCGUCGCUGGCGGUGUGGAAGGCGCAAGACCGCAUCGACGACCAAAACGACGCCGACGCCAAGCUCGCGCGCCUCGCGAGCGACGCCGUCGGGUUCGGCGCGACGCGCACGCAGCAGCUCGAGGCCGUCGCGACGGGCCGGCGGCUCCUGAAGACGCGCGCGGACGACAGCGCCGUCCCGUAUUGUACGCCGGCGGCGGUCGAGCUCGCCCUCGUGGGCCGCUCGGCCAAAUCAUUACGCGCGCGCGUCGGCCACCUCGAGGCCCGCGGCAAGCUGCUCCGCUCGCUCUUCGACGCGGCCGCUCGCAUGCCCCCGCGCGCCGUGGCCAAGACGGCGAGCGUCGAGACGUUGCACGGGUCCUUCCGGGAGCUGGCUGAAGCCAUCGCGGUGACGAUCGAAGGUGACGAUCCAGUCCGCCUCAAGGCGGCGCGCAAGACGGCGGAGGACGCGGUCGGCGGCGCGCGCCGCGAGAUCUCGGACGACGACUCGCACGACGUCUGGCUGCCGUUGGCGACGGCCGCGGGAGCGCUCAUGCGCGUCGCCGACCACGAGCUCGAUCCAGAAGCGGCGCCCGCGCCUCCUCCGAAGGCGUCGCCGAAGGUGUCGUGGCUCCGGCACCUCGAAUUUCCCGUCCGCGUCGCCCUCCACAUGGCCUUUGCGUCGCUCUGGGUCGCCGUGCCGUCGUGGCAGCGGCGCGCCGACGGGUAUGGUUCAUGGGUCGGGAUCAGCGUCAUGUGCGUCGUGCAGGAGUCCCUGGGCGCGACGUUUACCAAGAUGUUCCAGCGACUGUUUGGCAAUGCGUCGGCCGGCGCGGCGGCGAUGACGAUUGCGCUCGUGCUGAGCGUCGACCACCUCAUCUGGGCGGCGGCCCUCGUGAGCGCCUGGAUCUUCCUUUGUCUGGUGUGGUUCGAACCGACGAUGGCCUAUCUACAGGAGUGCGCGGCGUUCUCGGCGCCGAUGUUCUUGUUUGGAGGUUUGGUAGAUUUCGGCAUCGACGCCACGAACUUGACAUUCGUCUCGCUCCGUGUGACCAUGGUCAGCAUCGGCAUCCUGCAGUCGUUCGUCUUCGACUUCCUGUUCUUCCGGCGGUCGGCGCGGCCUGCGCUCAGGACCACGCUGGUUUCGUGGUUCGACGGCUUCGGCGCGACCGCGUCCAGCGCCGCGGACGCCGCCUCUGACGGAUCGGAGGACGCGCUCGCGGCGACGAACAAGGGCGUCGCCGGGCUCGAGGCCACGCUGGCAUCAGCCCGCGCGCGCCUCGCCGACGCGCGCCGCGAGCCGCCGUGCCAGGCGCCCUUAGACGCCGAGUCCCUGGGGCUCCUCGUCGACGCGCUGGCCGACACGACGCACUCGCUCGGCGCCCUCGCGCGGUGCCUCGCCGGCGUCGCGCGAGACGAUUCGCUGCAGCCGAUGUUCGCACGAGCGACGAAGGGCUUCGCGGACCGCGCGACCGCGGCGGCGGAAGCUAUCCAUUUCAACUCAGACGACCGGCUCUCCGCUGCACUCGCCGCGUUCGAGGACUUCCGCGCGGAACUCUCCACGAAUCUGGCAGACGCGUGGGACGCCUACUACGACGGGGCCGUGCAGAAGAGUUGUAGCGACGAAGCCGCUCUCGCGAGAAUGGGCGCGCUCGCGGCGAUCGAACACGCCUGCGUCCACCUCUCCGGGGCGGCGUCGCUCGCGGACAGCGCGGACUUUGAGUCGAAGGGAUGCGUGCGGAGCAUCUUGGACGUGUGAGUAGUCUUCCUCUUCCUAGAUAAUAUUAGGC